AUGCGUCCGCCCUCGCAGCCCGUCGGGGCCAAUGGCGCGACCGUGACCUCUACGCCCUCCCCUUUGUCGUCGUCUUCGAACUCGGUCGGCUCUCCCGCCAACGCGUCGACUUCAGCGGCAGCGACGGCCGCAUCGACAGCGAUGGCGACGACUCCGGCGACGGCGACGGGUCUUGCGCCGCAGCGGCCGCGUCGGACCAACGCCAAGCGCAGCUGCCUCGAGUGCCGCUCGAAAAAGGCAAGGUGCGAGCUGCCCAAUCUCCACGUCCCCUCGUCGCGGCAGCCGGUGCCCGACCACCAGCGAUGCCACCGGUGCAGUGUGCUCCAGAUUGACUGCGUCGUCUGGGACGGCGACCGCAAGCGUACCCCGCGCUUACCACCGCCACCACCCACGUCGGACCUCGACACGCUGGCCGCCGCCGCCGAUGCACGCCCAGCCAAACGCUCCCGGCCGUCGAGCCCGGGCAACCCGGCCUGCAGAUCCAGCAGCCAUUCCACCCCCCACGGCCUCGAAGCCGGAGCAGGCCGUAACGACGGCGGCGCGGGCCCGAUCCGGAGUCGGAGGAGCCGGAGCAAUAGCAGCGUGCUGCGCGACCAGCCUGCCUCGUCGCAUGCCACCACGCUCGCCUCGCUCCUGCGCUCGCCGUCGAUGGCCGCCGACGCGGCGGAUUCGAUCCCCACGUCGCCCGCUGCCGUGUCGGCCGCCGCAGGCACCACCGCUCGCGACCUCCUCUUUUUUGGACCACCUCGUCGCCCCUCUUCCGCCGACCCGGACGGCCACCGCCAUCCAUCCGACUCGCACGCGCCGUACGGCGACGGACCGGACGACGACGGUCGGGCGGAUCGCGGGCCGCCGACGGCAGAUCGACGACCGUCGUUGCGGGCGCCACACCUGCACCACGGCGAUGGGCGCCGCAGCCUUGACCCUUGGCCUGCGACCGCUGCGACCGCUGCUUCCGCCGACGAGGACCACGACGGUGGGCGCAAGUCGGUAUGGAGCCCGUUUUCGGUGUUGCUGGGCUACGCCUCGACCCAGGACGCCUUUCUCGCCCACCUCCUCGAGCGGAUCGCGUCGCCGGCGCCGAGCCUGGGCGUCAUCGACAUCGUCGACACGCUCGACGAGCAGACGUGCCUCUCGCUCGAGCCGCACCUCGAGCCCUACCUCUGCUGGCACCCGCACAUGCCCCUGCUCGGCACCGCCUUCGUCGAGCACCGCCAGCAUCCGACCAAGUCUUCAUCGCUCCUCCUCGUCACGCUCGCCCUCCUCGCCGUGCGCCACCGCGAGCCCCUCUCCGGCCCGCUGCCUCGCCAGCUUUCGGGCGCCGUCGACCGCCUCGGCUCCCAGGUGCUCGUCUCGACGCCGCGCAGCUUCCACACCGCCGUGGCCCUCGAGCUGCUCGUGGCGCACGAGCCCGCCCUGGUUGGGACCGCCGCCGCCGGUCCCUCGAUCCAGGAUCAGGCCCUCCGCGGGCGCGACCUGGCCGGCCAGAACCUUGUCGCCGCCGCCCUCAACAUCUGCCGCGACGUUGGCAUCGACGAGGCCCCGCACCGGGUGGCCGCGCUCCUCGACCUGUCCGCGCGCACCCCCGAGCAGCAGCGCCAGGUCGAGCGCCUCGCCGCGUCCGCGUCGCUCUGGAUCAGCCUGCGCCUGUGGGAGGGCCACUACGCGCUGAUCAGGCCCCUCAUCCGACCCCUGACGGACCUCGAGGGCCUCUCGCGAAGCGCCCAACUGCUUGUCCGGAGGGACUCGGUCGGCGACGAGAUCGUUCCGAAACCGCAGCGCGACCCAUCGGCGCCUGGUGCCGACGACAGAGCGUCGGCCGCAGCCACCGAGGAGCUCGAACGCUCCGCCGGCCGCACGCUGCUAGCCUUCCGCAUGCGCGGCAUGGCCAGCUUCCAUGCGGCCCUGUCGUCCAUCGAGACGGUCAUCCACCACUACAACGAAAACCGAGCUGGCGUCGAACCCGACCGGUCUUCGAGCGGCGGCGACCGCGCCGGUCGCGACUGGGUCGACGCCGACCAUGCCAACGACCAUGAGCACCACCACGAUCACAACCCGAAACAGCGCGACCGGACAAGUACGUCGCCGCAGAGGCGCAAGGCGGCGAUGCGGCAGCGCAUCGUCGAUGUGGUCCUCGAGGCCUACGAGCGGCGCAAGGCCGACCAUGACGCCCAGCGGACCGCGAUGGCGGUCUUUGUGCGCAACGGCGUCGGCCUGCUCGUCGAGGCGUGGUGCCAGAUCGAGUCGACCUCGCUCUACUCGAGGCUGGGCCUUUUGGGCAACCUGGCGCUGUACUCGGGCCAGCUGAGCCACGCGUUCUCGCCAAAGUCGUUGAUGCGCGCGCUCAUUUCGAGCCCCGAGCUGCGCGAACCCCUCUACAAGGUUGGCGCGCAGCACACGCAGCUGGCCAGCAUGGCCGUGUCGUCGUUUGUCCUGUUCGACCGCCCGCUGACGGCCGUCCAGCCGUUUCGAUUCGCCGGUGUACCCAGCGAGGGCGCCGUCGAGGCAACGGGCGCGCCGGCCUGCCUCACGGCCGCCUUUAUCGUCGACGCCUGCAAGGCGUUUAUCGAAGGCAUCGCCUGCGCGCUGCAGAUCUACGGCAGGCCCUACGACGAGUCGGACCAGCAGAUCAUCCUCAUGGCCCAGGCCCACCGCCGUCUCUACGAGUCCGACAGCAAUCACCUCGUCUUCUCGCGAGCAUCGGCGAGCGGCGCCAAGCUCGGCUUGCGUGCCGCAGAGGCCGAGCGAAGCGAUGGCGACGGUGGUGGCGGUGGCGGCGGCCAUCUCGAGACGAUGAGCAUCUCCCAAACGGCGGCCGAAUACGUGCGGCAGAUGACGGGCCUGAUGGAAAAGUGGCGCCUGGCCGCCACCAUCCAUCGCUGGGCCCCGGCGAGACUGGUCGAGGACGACCCAGGGCGACCCGACAUAGAGGCGACAGAGGCGAUCGCGGCGGCCUCGGACAGCGCCCGCGGUCGUCGCAGCGCGGCCCGUGCCGGCCUCGCUGGCGCCGCGGGUGCAGGGCCUGCACCCGGUGCGACGCCAUCGGUGUCGUCGCCCACGUCGGACACCUUGCCGGCCUCGUCGUCGUCGGCAGCGGCGCAUGCGGCCUCUGCCGCCACGUUUGCUGCGCCGGCCGACGCCUGGCGUGUCAACCGCGCUCGCGACGAAGCCGUCGUCGGGGGAUCGGGUCACUCGGGGUUCGCGUUCCAGAUGCCGAUCGAGGGCACCGGCGCUGGUGGCGGCGGCAACGGCAACAUCGGCGUUGAUGGCGCGACGUGGACGUCGCCGCUCGGCCCCGGCUGGCUCACGACGCCACUGGCCGCCGCGCCGAUGUCGGACAGGACGCCGUCGUCGGGCUACUGGCAACCGGAUCCGACAGAUCAGUACGAGUUCCAGGAGUGGGCCUUUGGCCAGGGCGGCGCCUCGAUGCUGCCCGCCGACAUCGCGUCGAGCCUGCACGACGUGCCUCCGGGUCUCGACUCGCUGUUCGAGGAUCUCUUUCCCUCGUCGGCCACGGGUGCGGCCCCGGCCAUGGCGCCCCCAUCUUCGGCGACCCACGCUGCGCCGUCGCACGACGGUUUCGGCAUGAUCCACCACCGCAGCGGCGGCGGCGGCGACUUCCAGCACCAUCAUGACAUGGGCCGAACGAUGCGCUGA